UAGUUUAAGUUGCUCCAACUUCACUCGUUCGAAUCGUAGUCGAGAGCAACAACCCGCCGGAGUCGGACGCAUUUCUGUGGUAUCAUCUUGUUUUGUCGCUAUUCAUACUAUACAACAUCUGUAUAUAUAUUUUUCGCUGAACGUCGCGAAGUCGGUAUAUUUGCAGACAAGAAUAUUUCUUAAUUUUUUUUUUUGUAGAAUCAUUUUUUGCUUCAAACAUUUACCUUUCAACGAAAUUCGAAAUUAAAACUAAUUACUGUGUGCUAAACGUAGGUGCUGAAGCUUGCAUACAUAUACAAGCGUAAAUAAUUUGCCAAAAAUACAAUUAACAAAAACGUUACAAAACGUGACUACAAGAAUCGAGUGUGCGCCAUCGAUACCCAUAUAGCGUUCGCUCAAAUAGACUCACCUGGCCACAUCCAGUAAAUAAAGCAAUCGAGAACCAACCACAAAAACAACUCCUAAUACAAGACAGUUCAGUGAUUGCCGAAGUAACAAAACUACCUGAAACCGUCACCAAUAAUCGCCGCAGCAGCAACACCAACAAAAAAUACAGAAACAACGAUAAUAUGGCUGAAGUUGAAGUAGAGCAAAUCGUUGAAGUCACAGAUGAAGUGGCCAAGGAUGAAGAGGUGGACGAAGUCGAGGACCAGCCACGAAAGAUGUUUUCGCCAACGGAACUCGACAAAGAUGCCAUUCGUGAGGCCUACGAAGAUGUUCGAUCUGACCAAACAGAUACCGAUUGGGCCGUCUUCAAGUUCCAUGGCCCUACUAUCACUUGUACUGCACGCGGCCAAGGUUUCACCGAGUUCCGCGAACAAUUCGGUGAUAACGACCGCGCAUUCGGUUACAUCCGCAUACAAAUGGGCGAUGAGAUGUCCAAACGACAAAAGUUCGUAUUCCUGACGUGGAUCGGUCAGGAUGUCGGCGUAUUACCACGUGCCAAAAUGUCCACGGAUAAGGCGCUUGUACGUGAGGUGCUAAGUAAUUUUGCUGUCGAGUUAUACGCGGGCGUUGACGAUGAACUGGACAUUGAACUUUUCCGUGAUGCCUUGGAACGUGCGGGUGGCGCCAACUACGGCACUGGUGUUUAAGUACAUAUUUGAGACGUGGCAACGCAUCAACGAGUCCCUGAUUAGUCAUUAAGUUUAUUAAUUACAUAAAAAUAUACAUAUGUACGUGCAUAUUUAAGACAUUUGGAACCAACAUUUACAUACAUAAAUAUAUAUGUACUGAGAAGCGUAUAUUUUAUAAGCUUUUCUCAUAUACAUACAUAGACCAACUAUGAAACAAAUACAUACAUAGCAAUUUUUUGUAAAGUCCAAUGAAGCGUUUUAACCAAAAUCCACAUUAAAAUGUAUAUGAUUAUAUGAAUUUGUAAGAAAAUGCAUUGCAAAUAAAUAUUUGAGAAAAAAUCUAAA